AUGGGAGUCGACGGGCUGUCGAAAUACGCCAGAGACCAUAACCUCUACCAGGUGGUGAACAUGCGGACCGUUGCCAACGACUUCAGGAGGAGAUACACAGGCGAGCCUGUGGUUGCUGUGGACGGGCCUCAGUGUGCUUGGUACUUGUCCAGGAAGCUGGGAUCUCUUCAUGGCGGGCAGUACAAGGAGUUCCGGGAAAGGUGCGAGCAGUUUGUUGAGCAGUUCCGUCGCAUAGGUUUAAGCUUACAUUUCGUCUUCGAUGGGGCUCCAGUAGAAGAGAAAAUUUCAACAUGGGUGAAGAGAAGAGAGGAUAAGGCAAAGGAAAUCAGCAAAUUUUUUGCAAAAUUGCGUACAGAUCAAGCCAAGGGGUAUCUCAGCUGUGGAUUCAGGAUCUUACCCGAAGCUGUAAUACCCUGUGCGUCGGUCUUUUUCAGGCACCUUGGCUGUCAGGUGUGUUUGUCUACAACUGACUGCGACACUGAACUGGCACAGUUCGCAGCCACCAAGGCGUGCUGCGUUGGCGUACUGUCCGACGAUUCAGAUUUCCUCAUAUACAGUGGUGUACCUUGCGUCUUCACCUUUACUGGUCUGCAGAUCGGCAACAAAGUGAGGGCAUUGCGUUUCCAGUCGACCGUGAUCGCCUCACAUCUAGGCAUAGUGGUUGAUAACCUCCCAGCUUUUGCAUCUUUUGUGGGCAACGACAUCGUCAGCAAGAAGGCUUUAAAGAAGCCGCACAGAAACCUGAGACGGAUGUAUGGGUCCAAGGUCGUAAUAGAACUCGUAGCAGAGUUGUUGAAGGGAACGCCGAGGGGUGAUGUCAGCAGAAUGUGUGAGGUGGCUGUCGGUAAGAGUGGUAAGAAAGCUCAGAAACUGGAGAAACUGGUCCAGGAAAGUGUUUAUAGUUACCAGUAUCAUGUGGGGGUGUCAAUGACAGCUAAAAAUGACCCAAGAUGGGAUGCAGUGCUCCAACGGGUAAAAGUCAAACAUGUGUCCUGUGAGAUUCCCCGGAACAUCUUCACAGUGAUGAAGUGCCGCCUCAUGCGAUUUGGAGACGUACUUGAGGAUCUGUCCAUAAGUCGCCCAAACUUUCCUCCAACUUUUCUGGCUCUGCGAGCCAUGCGAUCCAGGAUGUACACAGUGCUCUUGUGGAAUAGCGGUAAUGGACCAUUCCGAGUGACCGAGUAUAUACUGACUGGGUUAGGGCAGGUGCGUAAAGAGACUGUGGUGGUCCAGAAAACACUGCCAGAAGGAGUCCACCACCCAGACCCCUUAGAACUGUGGUCGGGCCCGAAGGAUCGCCGUUGGUGUACCUUCAAUUGGGUGAUAUCGCCGACCAAAGACCUCUCUGUUUUUCGGGCACUGUCUCCACAGUACCUGGUCGUACCCACAGCGGCGCUCUUUUACUUGUACCACGAGGCCCAAAUCUUAACAAGGGACGAGUUGAGGAUUUUUGUGAUUGUUGCUGUGUCUGUGAAAAGUUUGUCUGCGAGACAAGUGUCCAGACGUCGCGUCAAAAUCCGAACAGAACGCGCCAUCUACCUGGCCACGCUCUUCGUGCGCACCGUCCUCCAGGUCUUGGACGUUGCUGCAGCUUGUGGUUUAUCCUUCCCACGGCCAGCUGACUGUCAUCUGGAUGCCUAUUUCGAUGGUAAAUUUUUUCACCACAUCUACAGCAAGUCAGAAUCUACCACUGAUCCAAGCGCUUUCACUGAGUGGGACAAGGCACAUGAACGCACAUUCAGUCGUCUUAUGAACAUAAUACAGCAAUGA